UAGAAAUCGCAACGUAAAAUUCUCCAUGAGAAAAGAAUUCAGACUCACUCAGAGCAAUGCCAACUGUAGACAUGGUUUGUCCUUGACUCUUGUUGAUUGUCAUAGCAAAGCAGAGACUGAUUGGAAAUUGUAAUCUUCUGAAUUCGAAUGAAUAAUUAGUUGGAAUGAGAGGAAUACCCGGAAUGAACACAAUCUCUCCUGCUGCACAACAAGUGUUUUCAAAAUGAGUGGCAGAUCAACCCGAUCCCAACAAUUACCAUUAGAGGAGGAAUUAGUCUUUUCCGAGCGUUCGCGCACGACUAAUGGACGGCCUGACCUAAUAGGUCUGUACGGCCAGUUGGAUCAAGAAUAUUUUAAUGGAAAACUAUCAGCUGCAGGAUAUACAAUAGCAUUGGGACGGAAAAUGAAAGAGACCUCUGGGUACACCGACUUGCCCCUACGCAUAGUUCGGAUAAGUUGGGAGAUCCAUAGGCUUCUUCCACAGGAAGAACUGAUUGGAACAAUACUUCAUGAGAUGAUUCAUGUUAAGCUGUUCCAUCACAGGAACGACGUUGAUAGUUUCCGUCACACCGGCGAAUUUCAGAAGGAGAUAAAACGCAUUAACGAAAUUGGACCCUACCGGGUGGUCGCUUAUCACAACCUUCCGCGGAAAGUAAUCAACCAAUUGCGUCCGUACGUGUGGAGAUGUAAGAGCUGUAAAUACAUUCUACGGCUGACUGACUCUCGGAAGCCUGGAUUAAAGAGUGGCCAUUGCAUAAAAGGGCAAAAGCGUUGCGCGAAACCUUCGUGGAUUAAAGUUAAAUAG